CAGAAAUAUUUCUUAUUUGUUGUUUCAGAUUGGCAGAAAACAAACUAACGCAUGACGAAACAUGGAGAGUUUAGGCAACAAUACCACAUUAUAUGAUGAUAACAACCCGAGUUUCCCAGGAUUAGAAAUACUACCUGCAUUUGAUAUAUGGCCUAUAGAAAAAUGCAUCAGAUUGGCGAUAAUAGACAAUAGCACAGAUCCAACAAAUAUUACUCAAAGUGAGUUUUUGUACAACGACACUCGUCUAAGAUGUUGGGAGCACUCACCAGUAUUGAAAUCCGGGACAUUAAUAAGAGUUAGCGUGCUUUCAUUGAUAGCAGUAUUAUCGUUAUAUGCGAAUGUAGCAACUAUAAUAAGUAUAAGAAGAGGCAAGCGAAGCAGAGGUCGGGCGAGGCCAUCCUGGACGGCGAUAUACAGUCUAAUAUAUCAACUGAGCAUAGCUGAUUUGCUCGUAACAGUAUUUUGUAUUGGAGGGGAAGCCGCCUGGAUGUUUACAGUACAGUGGUACGCUGGCAAUGUGGGCUGCAAGUUAUUUAAGUUUGUGCAAAUGUUCUCACUACAUUUGAGUACGAAUAUAGUGGUGUUGAUUGGAGUUGGUCAGUGGCUGGCUGUUAAAUACCCCAUGAAGGGCAUUGGCACGGCGACGAGAAGUGGACGACUAGUCACAUUCGCUUGGAUUUUAAGUUUUAUAUUGAGUAUACCACAGACGAUAGUGUUUCAAGUAGCAAAAGGCCCUUUUGUUGAGGAGUUCUACCAAUGUGUCACGCACGGGGUUUACUCAGCAAAGUGGCAAGAGCAAUUGUAUACAACGCUGUCCUUGGUUGUUAUGUUUAUUCUGCCACUCCUGAUUCUUGUGUCGACCUCCGCUUCUACUGUUCGGACUAUUGCUGAAAGCGAAAAAGUUUUCAAACCGGAAGUCAUAAGACACGAAAAUUACCUCACGCCAGACUUGAAUAGACGGAGACUUAUAGAUCGAGCCAAGAUGAAAUCUUUGCGGAUGUCCGUCGUUAUUGUGACGGCGUUUCUGCUAUGGUGGACGCCGUAUUACGUUAUGAUGAUUAUAUUCACAUUUCUAGAUCCUGACAAGAAACUAAGUGAGGAUCUCCUGAGUGUAAUUUUCUUCUUCGGGAUGACGAACAGCCUGGUGAAUCCGGUUAUAUACGGCGCCUUCCAUCUGUGGCCCCGGAAGAAACCCUCACACAGACACAGUGACAGAGAUUCUGGUGGACAUCACGCGUCUCUCUUCAGACGUGGGGAUAACACAUCAUCCGUGAGAUUGACUACGAUCAGGUCUAUAAGAUCCUCAGCCAAAUACACCAACGGAAACAAUGUUAGCUUAUUAUAACUACGUAGAGGCAGUGAUUAAUACCUAAUUGUAAAGAGAACAUUGACUUAGC